CUCUAUAGUCUAUACCGACAGCUAUUUAAUGUGCCCUCGUCUGCUCCAUAGAAAUCCCUCUCCUCAUCACCUAAAAAACCAGAAGCCUCCUGGUCUCGUGCAUUUUAUUCCCUUUCUGUUAAAAAAGGCAAAACCCUGCUCCCUUUCACUCCUUUCUCUCCCCCGUACAACUCUUCUCCUUCUUCAUCGAAAUAUAGAGGUCUUAUACUGGGUCUUGUCAACUUCAGAUUGAUUUGUAAACAAAAAAAUGAGUUUCUUCUCGUUAGUGACAGGAAGGCCUGGUCCAAGUGGGUUUGGAUCAGCUUCUACUGCUGAGCAGGUUACAGAGGGGAUCGAUGCUUCUAAUCUUACUGCCCUUGUCACUGGUGGAGCAAGUGGAAUUGGUUUGGAGACGACAAGAGUGCUGGCUUUACAUAAAGCCCGUGUCAUUAUUGCUGCCAGGAACAUGGAUGCUGCGAACGAAGCUAAACAACUUGUUCUUAAAGAGGAUGAAAAUGCCCGUGUUGAUGUCCUAAAACUUGAUCUGUCCUCUAUCAAUUCCAUUAGAGAAUUCGCUGUUAACUUCAAUGCUCUCGAUCUGCCUCUCAACAUCUUAAUAAACAAUGCUGGCAUCAUGUUUUGCCCCUACCAGCUCUCAGUAGAUGGAAUAGAGAUGCAAUUUGCCACAAAUCACCUGGGUCAUUUUCUCUUGACAAAUCUGCUCCUUGACAAAAUGAAAGACACUGCAAGAACCACCGGUGUUGAGGGGAGGAUUGUGAAUUUGUCAUCAGUUGCCCACAUGCACACUUACAAAGAUGGGAUCCAGUUCAAUAAUAUUAAUGACAAGAAGAGAUAUUCUGACAAAAGAGCUUAUGGCCAAUCCAAGUUGGCAAACAUACUGCAUGCCAAAGAGCUUUCCCGUCGCUUUCAGGAAGAGGGUGUGAACAUUACUGCAAAUGCAGUCCAUCCAGGGUUGAUUAUGACAAAUCUCUUCAAACACUCUGCAAUUUUAAUGAGAACUUUGAAGUUCUUUUCGUUUUUCUUAUGGAAGAACGUGCAUCAGGGGGCAGCCACAACAUGCUACGUCGCGUUGCACCCGAGCUUGAAAGGUGUUACUGGUAAAUACUAUGUGGACUGCAAUGGCUUGGAGCCCAGUGCAUUUGCUAGAGAUGAAGCCUUGGCAAGGAAGCUGUGGGACUUUAGCAACAAGCUGAUUACUUCUGUUUCAAAAACUUGAAGAAAAAUAAAUGCUUAGGUUUACCAAGCCUUAAGGCUUCUCAGUAUUAUUGGCUUCUCUCUCCCUCUAUAAUGCAGAGAGGGAAGAACGGAGAGAGAUCAGAAGCCCCAUAUAUAUAUAUAUAUAUUCUUAGCUUCUUCCUUUACAAUGUACUUUUGUGUGGUGUGAUAAUUGAAGCAGUUAAACUCGCUCAUCGGUUUCAGAGGUCAAGUUGACAUCUGAUUAA